AUGAAUACCGGUGGAGAGGAACAACGGUAAGUCUCUCUUGCCACUCCUUUCCGCUUUCUAGUCCUCUAAAUCAUCUUUAUUUAUCCCUCCCCCGCCUCAAAAGAUUUAUCACGUAUCAGCCCCGCUAUGGCGGUUAGAAGGGAUUGAAAGGGACAGGGUGGGCAUUGCCCACCACCGCUACCGCAUACACACAUGUUUUCACCCGCACAUACACCCUAUCACAAUCGGGCACCCCCUUCUUCCCAUCACUUGUUUGCCGACAUAUUCGCACCUUCUUGAAGGGUAUAAUUCUAGCGAGAGAGACCAGCACUAACGCAUGGCUGCCCUUCCCGGCUUCAAAUAGUUGGCGCCAUUCACGCACGCAGCAACAGUCUUCGCAGCAACGAUCACAGGGCGGAGGCGGGCAACGCCGGAAUGUCGGUGGAAGCUCUGGCAGUAAUGGGAGCAAUGCCUGGCAAAAUUCGAAUCAGCAACAGAUGCCGCCUGUAUAUGCGGAAGCUCAUGUUCCCGUGAGGGCAUUCAAUGGUAAAGAAGUUGAGGAUUUCUUGAGCCGUGGUAAGUCUUUUUGUUUUGUUUAUUCUGUGGGGGUAGAGCUUGAUAACGUUCGUCCCAUGUUUUUCUUAUCCCGUUCUUUUUUCUUUUUCUUUUUUUUCUUUUCUUUUGCUCCCUUAUCUUUGAUUAUUUUUGCCCAGAAGGAAAGCGCGAUUCUUGGCUUGGGAUUUUUGUCGUCUAUAUCACUUCGUCACCUUGGGACUUUUUCCAAGAGUAGUUCGGAGCCAGAUACCCCCCUCAAUAGCUUGUUACCCGCGCACCCCCGCCACCUCUCUGCUUUGACACAAGAGAUGCUUCGAAUCCCCCCCAUCCCGUGUCAAAUUGUUCACGGAGCGGAAGAUUAUGUCGGACCAUUCUUUGUGUUUCCUCUCGACCUGCGCACCACCAGCUACAGUAUUGUGUUACUUACGCGUUCCUUUACCCUUUUCUGAAUUCUGUAUGACACGCCUUCGAAGAGAAGGGUCCUUGUUUCUAUCAAUGGGUUUAUUCCAUGUGCUUGGGAAGGGACGGAACCAAGGGCCUCGGAGGGACCGUAUAAGGUUGUGCUGUUGCAUACAGCCUGUGGCUGGCGGCUAUCUCCUUGUCGAUUUUCUGUGCCCCCGCAACCCAACGAGGUGCUGCGGUUCAGAGAACCAAUACUAAGGGAUGGUAACAUUCAAUUAUUGAUGGAAGCUUCCCUCCAGGCUUGUCUCUAUAUCGGGGAUCCCUCCUAUUGUUCCAUUUUCCCAUCUGUUUCUGCUCUGUCCACGUGUUCCUCUAAGAUCUAUGGCUUUAGUCAAAAAAUUUCCCUCGAUUGGUGGGUCGCGGAUUUGUUUGCCUGGGGCAUUUGACUAAUGUUUUAUACCUAUAUUUUAGCCUACGAGAAGGAGGUGUUCGCCGCAAAACAGAGUGGUGAUCAAGGUCUGUUCUUGUGUUCUCAUACCAGUCGCUUUUAUUAUUUGUUUUUUUUUUCCUUCAGAUUUCGAUAGGUUUUACCUUACUUUAAAAUCCUCCUUGCUGGGCGUUUUCUGUCCCAUUCCGGAAGCAUGCGGAGGGAAGAGAAAACGGUUUUCAGCUUACUCCAGUGCACCGGUAACCGGAUUUGCGGGAUCCGCGCCGUUUGGUUUUGCUCAUCCCACGCCACUUUACCCUUUUCCCACCAAAAUUAUACCUUUUUUUCUUUUUCUCCUCUCUUCAUUUGUUUCAAACCCCUCUUGCGCCUUUCAUGCAUGAGUGAAUUUAUCGGGUUGUACUCAUUGGGGAUGUUUUGGAAGCUAACAAUUGAAUGACAACUGGUCACAGGUCAGAAGCCCAUCAUAUACAAAUCGGACAAGGGCUGGUCCACUCCUAAGAGUGGUGGAGCUUGGGGUUCGAGACGUUCGUAUACCCGGCUAUUGUAUUUCCCUUUUUUUGGGGAUAGUGGACACGAGGCUGACUUGAACUAGCAAACGCCAUGGCGUCCGGUUCGAAUUUUGUUAGCCAGCUUAGGAGAGGUCAGGCGGCAUUGCAGCAAGGCUCCGGUAAAGAG